CAGAUCUGAUCCAGACUGAGAGCCCGCGCUGAGACGCAUGGAGCAGGCAGCCGAUGACACGGGCCAUGCCAGGCCUCCGCCACAGUACAGCGACAUGUCCACCGUCGUUCUGUUUGGAAAGAAUUCCGACUUUAAGAAAAUGAUUGGAAAUAUCAUCAUCGGUAAUGACAUCUGGAACGUCCAAAGCUUCAACGGCUUCACUGUGGAAAAGAACGGCACAUUCAAAAUCGUCAUCACUCCAGAUUUCGAGGAAAGUCUGGACAUUCACCAGGAGAUCAUUGACUUGAUGGCGCUGUCCCACCCGGACCCCAGCCUGUUCAUCCUGGCCGUGGACCCAGAGCACAGCCGAGAGGAGGAGGUUGUGGCUCAGAUUGGGAAACUGCAGACCAUGUUGGGAGACCACAUCACAGGGCACCUGGCUGUGGUCACCCAUAAUGUUGAGAUUUACUAUUCACUCCAGCGACUGAAAGAACUGUUUAACAUCCACCUGGUAAGCGCCAGUGAGAACCUCCCCGGCGACUGUCAGAGGUGGUACUCGGACCGUCAGCAGUUCCAGUUCGACUACAAGCACAGCAGGGAUUUGGUGAUGAGGAGAAGGAAGUGUUUAGACAGCAUGAGUUUCAGAAAGGAUCACCCUUCUCAACAUGGCCACGUGACAGCAGCAGUGAAACUCUAG